AUGGAUGCAAAGCCCCAAAGACCCCAACGCCCUUUGCGCGUCCAUGACGAGAACGCCCUUCCUUCGCAUCCAGUCGCAGCCAAGGGUACUCACCAGCGCAAUAAGUCUUCCACCACUCUACCCACCCUGAUGCAGAACGGUGCUGUACGCGCUGGUGCCAAGCGCGCUGUCUUCGCCGAUGUGAGCAACACCAUCAGGACAGCUCCUGUGACAGAUGACGGUGUGAAGGCACAUGACAAUGGCAAGGCAGCUGCCAUUUACCUGGAGCCUCUUGUGGGUUCAAAGCCUGCUCAGAAGCCUCUCACUGUCAAGAGCAUCAACACUACUAUUGCACCUACCGCUGCCCUCCCUACUAUCCGCAAAGUUCAAGCGAAGAAGAGUGCCCCUAUCCUCAGAGAUUCAGCUGCACCCACCAUCGACGAAGCAACAGCUGGCGAGACAGAACCCUCAUCCGAAGGCACUACCGACGAAGUCGAGAGUCAACAACAAGUCGGGGUUGUCGACGAUACCCAGGAGGACACUGCUGUUGGAUCCGUCCAACCGCCGCAAGCUUUAACCCUUCCCGAGGCAGUCAUCGUGGAUACCAACGCCCUGGAGCAGUUUGCGCCGGAAACUGAGGAGAAGGUUGUCGUCUUGAGUCAAUCGUUGAUCACUGUCAACGAUGAUGACUACGAUGAGGAAUAUGAAGAGGAACUCUACGAAGGGAGCCAAACAGUGACACGAGGUGGUGUCACAGACAACACAACUGGUGGAGCCACAGUCGUGCUAUGCCCAAAGCAUACUGCCAAGACAUUGAGAGAGAUCGAGGAGGCCAGACAGGUUGUCGAGAGCACUCGUACUCCCGAGGAUAUUGAGGACGACCAAUGGGACACGUCAAUGGUAGCCGAGUAUGGUGAUGAGAUUUUCGAGUACAUGCGAACUCUCGAGAACGAAUGCCAAUGGUCGAUGCGAUCCGUGCUCAUGGACUGGAUGAUCCAGGUCCACACACGUUUCACCCUCUUGCCUGAGACUUUGUUCCUGGCUGUCAACUACAUCGACCGUUUCCUUUCCUGCAAGGUCAUCUCACUAGGCAAGCUGCAGCUCGUCGGCGCCACUGCCAUCUUCCUUGCCGCGAAAUACGAGGAGGUCAACUGUCCCUCGGUCCAGGAGGUCGUUUACAUGGUUGAUGGCGGCUACACCCAGGAUGAGAUUCUCAAGGCUGAGCGUUACAUGCUCAGUAUGCUUUCCUUUGAGCUCGGCUGGCCUGGUCCCAUGAGUUUCCUGCGCCGCAUCAGCAAGGCCGAUGAUUACGACCUAGAGACCAGAACCUUGGCAAAGUACUUUCUGGAGAUCACCAUCAUGGACGAACGCUUUGUUGGCUGCACUCCGAGUUUCCUGGCUGCAGGCGCCCAUUGCCUUGCCCGCCUGAUGUUGCGCAAAGGCGAUUGGACCCAAGCUCAUGUCUACUACUCCAACUACACCUACGCACAGAUCCGUCAACUCUUGGCCGUCAUGGUUGAGUGCUGCGAGACUCCUGAUGUUCACCACAACGCCGUCUUCGUCAAGUACCAGGACCGCCGCUUCAAGCGCGCAUCUCUAUUCGUCCAGACCGAGAUGAAGAAGGGCUUUAAGCUUCCUGUCUACCAGCGUGCCACCUCUAUCGGUUACAAGGGCUGGUGA